AUGUCUUCUGGCUAUUGGCCCGACUACGUGGAAUCUUCAUGUCGUGAAAAUUAUACUUACUUUGAUUCUGGUGAUUUCCUUCAAACCGCUUAUCAUCUCACUGCUCUUUUCACAAUCCCUUUAUCAAUUUUCACAUUUUACACUAUAAUUCGAGUGACUCCGAAGAAAAUGAAAAAUAUGAAAAUUCCACUUUUGAUUGCUCAUAUUUGGGGAACAAAUUUGGAUUUAUGUUUUACGGUUUACGGUGCUCCGUACAUUUUCUUUCCUGGAGCUGCCGGUUUGUCACUUGGAAUAUUUAGAGCUUUGGGAUUUGCGUCUAAAUGGGUCGCUUAUAUUGGACAGGCAUCUAUAGUUGCUGUAGCUAUCAAUUUUAUAAUGUUGCUCGAAAACCGGCACAGUCAAAUUCCACUGAGCAAUUUCAAAAUUACAAAUCACAAAGUUCGAACUGCAUUUUUGACAAUCAAUUAUUUGUUUGCUUUUUUAUACAUUCUGCCAUUUUAUCUGGAUAAAGAUAAUCAAAUGGAGAUUCGAAAAUUCGUUUUGAAGAGAAUCCCUUGUCCAACCAUUGAAUUUUUCAACAAACAAACUGUAGUUUUGUUGAAAGGCGGCGAGUUUUUGCCGUUUUUGUCAAUGGUGGUUGGAUUGAUAAUUGUGCUUAGCCAAACUUUAUUCUUCUCAAUUCACACUGUUUAUCACUUGAAUUUUGUAAAAGGCGCGAAUGUGUCCGAAGCCACUAAAGCGAUGCAGAGGAAGUUUUUGAGUUAUGUGGUAAUGCAGAUGUUAAUUCCCUGGACAGUUCUCGCCGGCCCUAUUUUCUACUCUCUCUAUGCCGAUAGACACGAUUACUAUAAUCAAGCAUUCAACAACUUCUCAAUGCUUUUCAUGGCUCUUCACGGAUUGUUAAGCAAUUCUUGUACCCUUUUUAUCAUUAAGCCGUAUCGGGAAUUCGUCAAGAACUUGAUUACUGGAAAUUCGGAAUUCAAUUCCCGGGAAAUAGCUCAUACAACCAAUGCUGCUCCUGUUUCUGUUGUAGUGGGGAGUACAUCAGGCUAG